AUGUCGUCCCUUCGCUCCCUCGCCUCGCUUUUGGUGGUGGCCAAUGUCGCCAAAGCAGAAUAUGUGUGGCCGACCAAGUACGAUCACUUCGAGGACAUGCUUGUCAUGCACUCGGGCUACCGCCGGUUUGGCUUUUCAGACUCACCAGACAUUGGACUAACCGUUGCGACAGUGGUUGUUCCCUGCAGUUUUGGUUCCAACACCGUUGGCAGGCAGACUGCCGCAGAAUGGGUACGGACAGCCUUUCAUGAUAUGGCUACUUUUGAUCACACGACUGGUGCAGGAGGUCUUGAUGCCUCAAUCAUGUACGAAGUGGGACGUGGUGAAAACGCCGGCACGGCAUUCAACAGCACACUCUCCGACAUCUGGGAGUUUGUCAGCCCACGCACCAGCGUUUCUGAUAUGAUCGCCCUAGCUCUCGUUGCCUCGGUCGCCUCGUGCGGUGGCCCCGAGGUCCCCCUGCGCCUCGGAAGGAUCGACGCAACCGAGGCAGGCCCUGAAGGCGUCCCUGAGCCACAAGAUAGCCUUGGGACCAUCCAAGCCGACUUUGACCGCAUGGGAUUGACUACCGAGGAGAUGAUUGCGCUCGUGGCGUGCGGCCACACUCUUGGCGGUGUCCAUAGCGAGGACUUUCCAGAUAUUACGGGCCCUGAGGAUGUGUCUCCGUCCAACGUACCCAAGUUUGACAACACCCAUACCCAGUUCGAUACCGCGGUUGUGGACGAGUAUCUCAACAAUGAAGGGAUCAACCCACUCGUCUUUGGGAAAAACGACACUACCAACUCCGAUAAGCGUGUAUUCGCUGCGGACGGAAAUGUCACCAUGCACAAGCUGGCUGAUGCCACCACGUUUAGUUCCACUUGCGCCGACGUCUUCGAGAAGAUGAUCAACGUAGUCCCCUCGACGGUCACGCUCUCUGAGCCAAUCCAGUUGAUCAAGGUCAAGCCAUAUCUCGACACAUUCAAACUCAACAGCGAUGGAAGCAAGUUUGUCCUAGAGUUGCAUGUCCGUCUUCGCUCCACCAAGGGAAAGGGUUAUGCAAACCCGCCUAGCUCUGUUACAAUCGAUGUGUUGGACCGAAAGGGGAACCGCACAUCGCUACAGGCUGCGCAUGCGACACUCAAGGGCGGACAGUCGUACGGAUUUUUCGGCGAAACCUUUGACUGGUAUUUACUCUCGACGGAGCUCGACGUAGGGGCUGGUGUUGAGUCUUUCAAAAUUCACGUCAGUACCUCUGAGGGCGAGGAGGUCCUCGACAAUGGGGGAACGGGAGGCUACCCGUUCAAUGAUGGUGUUAUCUCGGGAACACAAUCUUGUCUUGACACUACAGGAACACAGGGAAAUGUCACCUUUGAUCUCUACAGCGCAGUGCGCAGUGACCUCGUUCAAGACUUGGACGGUGUCCCGUGGAUUCGGUUUGCACACAGAAUCCCGCAACAGGGAGUAGUAACCCCUAAGAUUGUAAUCGAAAAGAUUUCGAUGGCCGAGGUAUCCACCAGCGUGGGCGGAUAUAGAUUCUUCAAAGGAAAGGCGACUACACCGUCGAGUGGCUGGAGUACUCGGUAUGACCUGGGAAUUACUCUGGAGGACGGCAAGGAGGUGACAAGAGAAUUUAUCCACACCCCCUCUACUAGCUGUUAG